UUUUUCAUUGUGGUUCACCUUCAUAUUUCUCGUGGUCUAUAUCAUGCCAGUUAUAGAAGUCCUAGGGAAUUUGUUCAGUGCCUCGGAGUUGUAAUCUUCCUAUUAAUGAUUGUGAUAGCUUUUAUAGGAUAUGUACUACCUUGGGGUCAGAUGAGCUUUUGGGGAGCUACAGUAAUUACAAGCUUAACUGGCGCCAUACCUGUAGUAGGAGAUACCAUAGUGACUUGGCUUUGGGAUGGGUUCUCCGUGGACAAUGCCACCUUAAAUCGUUUUUUUAGUCUUCAUCAUUUACUCCCCUUUAUUUUAUUUGGUGGUGGUCUUCUUCAUCUGGCCGCAUUGUAUCAAUAUGGAUCCAGUAAUCCAUUGGGUGUACAUUUAGAGAUGGAUAAAAUUGCUUCUUACCCUUAUUUUUAUGUAAAGGAUCUAGUAGGUUGGGUAGCUUUUGCUAUCUUUUUUUCCAUUUGGAUUUUUGAUGCUCCUACUGUUUUGGGGUAUCCCGACAAUUAUAUACCUGCUAAUAUGAUUUCCACCCCACCUCAUAUUGUGCCAGAAUGGUAUUUCCUACCGAUCCAUGCCAUUCUUCGUAGUAUACCUGAAAAAGCAGGAGGUGUAGCCGCAAUAGCACCAAUUAUUAUAUGUCUAUUGGCUUUACCCUUUUUUAGAGGUAUGUAUGUAUGUAGUUCAAGUUUUUGCCCGAUUCACCAAGGAAUAUUUUGGUUGCUUUUGGCGGAUUGCUUAUUACUAGGUUGGAUCGGAUGUCAACCAGUGGAGGCACCCUUUAUUACUAUUAGACAAAUUUCUCCUUUAGUUUUCUUCUUGUUCUUUCCAAUAACGCCCAUUCGGGGACGGGUUGGAAGAGGAAUUCCUAAUUCUUACACUGAUGAGACUGAUCACACCUGAUUAGUGAGAGAUUCCGACACCAAUCAUUUACGAGUGAGUAUUACACCAUGAAUUUACA